AUGGGAAUCUCGAGAAAACUCCGGACCGAUGUUGCAGCGGCUUUUCCUAACCUCAGUACUGAACAACUGACAGAGUUUAUUCCAAACAAAGAGGAACUUAAUGUCAUCAAAAUACACACUCACAAAGGCGAGGCCGUUACUGUUUAUGCAAACAACAAGAACCCAGUUCUGUUUGAAAUUGAAAAAGCUCUGUAUCCAACAGUGUACACUCUGUGGGCCUAUCCGGAUCUUCUUCCUGCUUUUUCAACAUGGCCCCCAGUGCUACAGAAACUUGCAGGAGGAGCAGAUCUGAUGCUGCCCGGAGUCGCAGUGCCAUCUUCUGGCUUCCCCCAGGUCGAGCGGGGCACGCUCUGCGCCGUCACCCUCUUGGGAAACAGAGCUCCAGUAGCAGUUGGAGUUGCCAAUAUGUCCAGCACGGAGAUGCUUGCUGCUGGAAUGAAAGGGAAGGGGUUUGCCAUACUGCAUACCUACAUGGAUCAUCUCUGGGAAUUAGGUGACAAAUCUUCUCCUCCUACCUUAGCUCCUUCAGUUGAAGAUGAGGAAGAGCAAGAGCCUGUGGUCAACUGCACGGCUGACCCGUUGCAGCACGUGGACAUCGCUGAUCUGAGCCUGAAGGAGCAAGACAGCUGUGCAAGACUGAUGGGCAAAGAAGAACCUGAGGACAGCAGGACCCCACAAGAGCAAAUGGAUGAAUUAUUUAACCAGUGCUUUUUUCAUGCUUUAAAAUGCAAAGUAAAGAAGUCAGAUCUCCCUCUACUGACCAGCACAUUUCUCCGCAGCCAUAUGUUCUCAUGCUGCCCUGCUGGACAACAGCUGGACAUAAAGAAAUCAAGCUAUAAGAAGGUGAGAUCUCUAAAAGGCAGCAUCCUGUCAAGCAGCGAGGUGAGAAACAUCGUCAUUAACUAUGUGAAGGCUAAUGAGUUGGUUGAUGAGACAAACAAAAACUUUGUAAAGGUGAAUGCCAUUUUGUGUGACUGCCUGCUAGAUAAAUCAGAACAAGAUGAAAUCACAAACCUGAAGUGGGAUGACCUCCUGAGCAGGUGUCUUGAACGACUGCAGCCCUUACACCAGGUGACGUUUUUUGGACAAGAACCCAUUGUGAGGAAAGGAAACAUUGAGCCCAUCAGCAUAACCAUAGCACAGAGAUCGUCAAAUAAGAAGGUGACAAUUAUCAAGAACCUUGAGCUCUAUGGUCUAGACCCACAGUGUGUUGCCAACAUCCUGCAACAGAGGGUACAGGCCAGUGCCACGAUCACCCCAGUACCAGGAACAAAAGACAGAGUUCAGGUCCAGAUCCAAGGCAAUCAAAUCCACCAUCUGGCCAAGAUGCUGCUAGAAGAAUACCAGCUACCUCGGAAAUAUAUUCAAGGCCUUGAGAAGGCUCCAAAGCUUGGCCGGAAAAAAUAGGAGAAAAACCUAGUGUAAGAAUUAAUGAGAUCUCAUUAUUUAUAAAAGUGUUGUGCCUACAGAUCAAGAAUAAUAUACAGGUCCCAUUCAUGCAAGGACAAGUCGUGGACUUUUGUAAUGUCUGGAAUUGAUCCAAUUAAUAAUAUUGCUCUAGCUGUCCAUUUUUCAUAAAA